UUCGUCCAACAGUAGGUGAACUUUGUUGGACUACAGUGAUCAUAAACGCGCUCUCUCUCUCUCUCUAUCUCCUCCUCCUCCUCUCUUGCGCAAAAUUGCCCGCUUUCUCUCUCUGGGAUUCGCAAAACCCUAGCCCUUUUGAGGGUGCACGAUCAGCGGCAAACAUGGGUUCCGAAGGAUCAUCAAGGGUAGUUGUGCCUAGAAAUUUCAGAUUAUUGGAAGAGCUUGAGAGAGGUGAAAAGGGGAUUGGUGACGGGACUGUCAGCUAUGGAAUGGAUGAUGCUGACGAUGUAUACAUGCAAUCAUGGACUGGAACUAUCAUUGGCCCCCCUGGUACUGUACAUGAAGGGCGUAUUUACCAGUUGAAAUUGUUCUGUGGCAAGGAUUAUCCUGAAAACCCACCUUCUGUUAGAUUUCAAACAAGGAUCAACAUGACUUGUGUCAACCAUGAAACUGGCGUGGUUGAACCUCAUUUAUUUCCCAUGCUUGCUAAUUGGCAACGGGAGCAUACAAUGGAAGACAUAUUGAUGCAAUUAAAGAAAGAGAUGAUGUCUCCUCAAAACCGAAAGCUAACUCAGCCUCCUGAAGGCAAUGACGACGGCAGAAUUGAUCAAAAGGGGAUGGUGGUGAGAUGCUGCAUUGUGUAAUCCAGUCAAGAUCUACGAAUAAUUAUGUAAAUAAUUAUUAUAUUCAAUAGAUUAUUUCCAGUAUGGGAGAAUGCGUUUACAAAUGUAAUUAUGGACCAGUUACGGUAUGGAACCUAUAACGUGGAGCUGUCCAAGAUGGUGGUCAUCUUGUCCAUUAAUUUUCUGGGAAAUUACAAUUUAGAAUUCUAUAUUCAAGAUAUUUAUAGUGAGAGUUUGCCUUUUGGAAUCGUCAACGUUGCUAUAAAAGAUAUAGGAAACCGUACUAUUUGUAACUUUUGGAAUUCUCCUUUCUUUGAUUUGGAUCUGUGUAUAUGUAUGACUCUUUCUGAAUUUGCCUAACUUGUUAUUUAA